CCUCCAUUCUUCCAAAACCUAUUUCAAACCCUCCUGCUAUCUCUACUCACACUCCAAAUCAACUCUACCCUGAUAGCAAAGUACAGUUUCCAAAACACGACUGCAAACAUCCCAAUCCACAGCACCUCAAAUUCAACUCCACAGCCCUCCCUCAUAUGGCCAGAUUCCUCCUCCACCUCUCCAGGCUCCUCUAUCCUCAACCCUGAUGUCCAUCCCGACUACAUUCAGUACCGCUCUGAUGAGAAAAAUUAUCUUGAGUUUUCCAAUGAUUUUCAGAGUGGAACAGACUCUUUUGCAAUAAAUACCUGGAUUUAUUUCAAUCAAACCAAUUUUAAUGACGUCAUUUUUCUAAAAAUUAGAAACAAAGCAAGCUCCAAACAUAACUUUAUAGUUUACAACUGAUGAUGCUGUAGAAUUAACAGCUAGAGUGGAUAAAAGAACCUCUUCAGUCUUCGUUAGAUUAUACAUAGAUUUUCAAAUAAAUGGGGUUCAAUUUAAUCAAUUGGAUCGUCGUAUUUAUGGAAAUAAUUGGAAUUUUUUCAGUUUUGGAUGAGACCGAGAAAAAGCAUACUCUCAAGUUUCUCGAGGAAAUAACCCAAAUUCCAUUUAUAUCAGAAAUCAAUCUCACACUCUUGACAUGACAAACUGGGAUCCUUCAAACAAAAUGUAUGUUGGAUUUUAUGACCAAGAGUUAAGCUCUGGACAUUCCAGAAUACAUAGGUAAGGAUUUCAUCUUCCAGGAUAGCUAAAGCUAGCAAGGCUGGUAGAAGCUUGAGAUCUUCAUGGUCUUAGGAAUAUUAUCCAAUGAUUGGCUAUUAUAGCUUGGAAGUACACUCAAGUGUGGCUGCUCUCCAAAGAAAAGAUUUCCAGCUGAUUCCAUACGACAGUAAUUCUAAAAUUUCUAACAAUAGAACUCUUCAGGGACUGUGGAAAUGGGUACCUAGCAGGUGCAGAAAAUUGAGAUGAUGGAAACUGGAAAAAUGGCGACGGAUGCAACCAAGAUUGUAAUGUAGAGAAUACAUGGACUUGAAAUUCAGCUAGUCCUUCAGUGUGAGAACGGAAUUGAACUUGGAACCUAGGAACAAAUCCGGCUGAUUUGACUACUGAGUGUUAUGAUGAGAAUACAGAUGAUGGUGAUGGCUGUGAUAAAGAUUGUGAAGUGGAAGAAGGAUAUGUGUGUGAAUGGGAUGAUAGUGAUAAGAAGAGUGAGUGAGAACUUGAUUGAGGAGAUGGCAAGAAAAUGUCAGGAGAGCUCUGAGAUGAUGGAGAUAAAGAUAGUGGAGAUGGCUGAAGUGAUACUUGAGAAAUAGAGCAAGGAUACACUUGUGAAAAUGGAUCACCUGAUCAGCCUGAUACUUGACAUGCUAUAUGUGGAGAUGGAAUAAAGCUGGAUAUAGAAAAUUGUGACGACAAUAAUACUGUCAGUGAUGAUGGGUGAGAUUCAACCUGUACUAACAUUGAAGAUGAUUAUGAAUGAACUGGAGGAUCAAUGUCUCAACCAGACACAUGAAAUUUUAUCUGUGGAAAUGGAAAGCUCCUUUCAAGCUUGGAUAAAUCUGAGCAUUGAGAUGACGACAACACUGAAAAUGGAGAUGGAUGCAAUGAGAACUGUAAAGUUGAGUCUGGAUGGGAGUGAACUGGAGGCUCUCUCACAUCACCAAGCUCAUGAAAAAUUGAGUGAAUUGUUGAGGGAUGUGCUGAGUGAGAGUCUGGUACAGGCUCCAAGUGACAGACAUGAGAAAAUGGAUACCAACUGAUGUUUAGCAAAAAGUGAAGAUAUACUGUAGUUGCUGAAGAAGUCCAGACUCUUUCAAGCGGAUCCCAAGCUGCAUCCGGCGCUGGAUCUCUCAUUGCCACUCUGAUGUCUCUUCUGAAUUCUUCUUCACCCAUGGCGAUCUGGUCUAUGGCUAAUCAAAUGCAGCUCCUGAUGCUUCUACUUUUGACUCAAGCAUCUCUGCCAGCCGACGUAGUAGGGUACAUUUCAGGCAACCAAAUGUUCUCAUUCAACAUGAAUUUUCUUCCAAUAAAGAAUAAUAUGGUGUCAAAGGUGCCUCUGGAUUGGUUAAAGCAAAACCAAACCAAUAUUGGCCUUGGAGAUAUGGGGAUGGAGUCAGGCAGUUCAUUUAAUAAUAAUUUCGGUAUCAUUUGAACACUGCUGAUAUUGGUAAUAUUUCACUGUUUGUGGAGCCUACUCCCCAGAACUAUUGAUGACGAUGAUCCUAGAGACUGCAAAGAGAAAACGCUCAAAUUUGUUGGAUGGAUCUGGAAGAUCCUGACAUUUGGAGUCUACAUUCGAUUAGUGUUGGAAGCAUACCAGAACAUUCUGUUGUCAAGUUUUAACGAAAUCAAGAACUUUGAGCCAUCAUCAUUACAUAUUGCAGUAUCCACAACUACUGCUGUAGUUUUCGUAAUAUUGAUGUCUCUCGUAUUUUAUUGGGCUCUCAAACAAAUCAACCGUGAUUUCGAUCCGAAACAGCACUCAAAAUCAAAAGAACUUGUUGCUGGACUAAAAGAUUCAAAAGCUGCUAGACUGUUCACAACUCUUUUGUUGUUGAGAAGAUUUGUAUUCUGAGUAUGGCUGAUCAUGUUCUCAUUUACAGGCUAUUAUUAUUUGGUGCCUGGAAUGCUGCUGGUGCAAGUAUUAUACACUAGCUAUAUGAUUGUUGUAAGGUCUUUUAAAGAGCCUGCCAACAAUGUUAUUGAGUGACUCAACGAAAUAUUCUAUGUGUUGAUAGUGGCAUACUUGAUGAAAUACAACACAAAACAUGCAUGGACUUCGAUGUCAACCAAGAUCUACAUUUACAUCCUCAUGCUCAACAACAUUGUUGUUGUAAGUAUAAUCUCAGUUGUUGGAAUUGCUCAGCUCUGUAAGAAACUAUGCGGCAAGAAGAAACCAGACACAUUCGAAAUUCCUCAAAUAAUCCCUCCAAAAACCAAUGCAAGAAGAUUCAAUGACAGCAACAUCAUUGCAACCUCAGACAUCCAUUUACGAAAGUUCCCAAGAAACUCAGUGACAUCAAACCCAGAAGAUCCCCCUAUAUCCUCCUCUACCUUCACAAUGGACACCAGAAUCAGAAGAAUGAAUAAAAUUAUGCCAAUUACUGAAUAA